AAUGGACGACCUCAAAGAGCAUGCACUCAACAGCUCGCACGAUUUCUACGAACUACUAGGAAUAUCACCAGCCGCAGCCGAAGCAGAAAUCAGGCGAGCAUAUCGGAAAACAGCCCUCAAGUAUCAUCCAGAUAAAGUUGGAAACGAUACGGCCGCUUUGGAGAAGUUCCAUCUCCUCCAGAUUGCCUACGAUGUACUAUCGGACGACGGCGUGCGCCAGCUGUACAAUAAUGCACGCCGUGCGCGCGAAGAGAAGAAGGAGCGAGAUCAGGCAUAUGAGGGCAGGCGUAAGAACCUCAAGGAUGAGCUGGAGCGCAGAGAACGUGAAGGCGUAGCGGGACUGAAGCGCAAACGCGAGGAGGACCAGGAAGAAGAGGCCUUUCAGCGAGAACUCAGGCGACUGGCGGCCGACGGUGCACGCCGAAGGAAGGAGCGAGAGGAAAUGCUGAGGAGGGAGGCACAAGAGGAAUACGAGCAAUCACAACCCAGUACACCCGCGGCACCACGCAAUGUACCAGAAGAGAUCGACCGGACCAUAAAGCUGCGAUAUCCUGCAGACGCAUCAAAAGCGCCGAAUAAGGCAGACCUGUCUCAGAAAUGGAGCAAGUUUGGGAAAAUUCAAGAUGUGGUACUGACCACCAAGAAGGUCAAAGUGGAAGGGGAGAAGCACAGGAAAGAAUACACUACUGCGCUAAUUGUCUACGAAAGUAUUGUCAGCGCCCACUCUGCAGUGACAGACUUUCCACAGCUAGCCCUGCAGGACGACGACUGGCGCAUCUUUGAUCACGUCAACUGGGCGGCAGGCAAAGAGCCCGACUGCAUACCAAAGGCAAGAGCGCCGGUCGCAACGGCCUUGCAAGCAGAUUCACCUCACAGGGCACCCGUCACUCCCAGCAUGGACCGCGUACGCAGCACGCCGGGCGAAGGUCUCCGGAAAGUGCCCUCCUUCGGCAGCUUCAAGGGGACCCCUAAACUGGCUCAGCCGACAUCAGGUGGUUUGAGCAUGGAAGAUGCAACCAAGAUCCGCCUCAAAAAUGCCGAGCGAAGGAGACUGGCGGAAAAGCUGCGCAAGGAAGAGGAGGACGAAGAAGGUAAAGCAGCGAAAGAGUAAUCUGCAAUUCGCAACGUAAGUGCACGUGCUCAUACUGCAGACGUCGUAAUGUGCAGGCCCGAUACCGCUGGAGUUGAUCUUCACAGGAAUGGCAGCGGAGUCAUCCUUUCGUGCGAGAUACUCACGAGACAGGACCGAAAAUUCAUCUGCCAUUCCAGAAAGCUCGCCAAGCUAAUGCAGGUACAUAUCAUGUCUCGCAAUAUCGUGUCAGCAUUCGAAGAUCCCCUUGUUAGAAAUCGACCUGAUCGCUCGAUCGCAAUGUUGACGAUGGUAGCAUAAGCUCAGAAGACACGUCAGAAGUUAAGUAUCUUGUCACUGAUAGCUUCUUCAACCGCACAAUUCUAGUCUAUGUCCGGAGAUAUGAUCCGUAGAGGACAGGUUAGUUGAAGAAAGAAGUAGCUUUGCGGCGUUUGGUUUCGCGCUGCGAAGCAUGUUUGCCGGAUGAUGCGGGGAAGGGACAGGCCCUUGCUGGCGACAAUCGAUUCUGUCUAAGCAGUUGUCACAAGCAUGAUUGAUGAAUAUCGCUCAUAUCCUGCGACUUCUUUCCAGCUUUCUCCCAUCCACUCUCACUCACAACAACAUCUCCAGAACAACAACAACCAUGCCCCAAGAAACCAAACGUCCCCUCCAC